GUGAGCGCGGCCAUCAGCCGGCUGCAGUGGCGUCGCGGCGCCUCCGGGUGCCGCUGUUGGCCGACGCGGAGCGGCGCCGGAGCCGCCGCAGCGACCUGCCCCCGCAGGCUGGUCGCUCGCAGGGCGCCGGCCGUUCUCGGCAUCGGCGCGGGCAGCAGCGGCGAGCGGCGGCGCGGCGCGGGGAGCAGCGGCGUCCGAGGCGGCGCCGAGAUCGCUGCCGUCCGGCGGCCCCUGCGCUCGCUGCGGAGAGUGGCCGGAAGGGCGGGAGGGCAGCGGCAGGAGGGAGGAGCGCGGCGAGCGCUGCCGAGAAUGGCGGGCCGGCAGAGGCAGAGCCGGCGGCGAGCGGCCGGGCGAGUGCUGCUGCCCGCUUUGCUGCUGUGCUUGUGGUGCCGGGCGGCGGCGGAGCGGAUCCGCUACGCCAUCCCCGAGGAGCUGGGCAGAGGCUCGCUGGUGGGGCCGCUGGCGCGGGACCUGGGGCUGAGCCCGGCGGACCUGCCCGCACGCAAGCUGCGGGUGGCGUCCGCCGCUAAACGGCAGCUGAAAUACUUCUCGGUGAGCGGGGAGACCGGGAACCUCUACGUGAGCGAGAGGCUGGACCGGGAGGAGAUGUGCGGCGAGUCGGCGUCCUGCUCCGUCAGCUUCGAGGCGCUCGUGCAGAACCCGCUCAACGUUUUCCACGUCGAGGUGGCCAUCCAGGACGUCAACGACAAUUCCCCGGCCUUCAGCAAGGCUGCUCUGGACCUCGAGAUCGGCGAAUGGACGCUUCCCGGGGCUCGUUUUCCGCUGGAGAUGGCCCGAGACGCGGACGUGGGCAGCAACUCGCUGCUGACUUACCAGCUCACCAGCAACCCGUCCUUCGCUCUGGCCAUGAGGGAGAACCCGGGUGGAAGCAAGCAGCCGGAAUUAGUGCUGGAGAGAGCACUGGACCGUGAGAAGCAGAGCUCCUUUGUGCUGGUGCUGACGGCGGUGGAUGGGGGGGACCCCGUGAGGUCCGGGACCGUCCAGGUUCGCGUCAACGUGACGGACGCCAACGACAACGCGCCCGUGUUCGGUAAAAGCGUCUACGAGGCGCGAGUGCGGGAGAAUCUGCCGGCGGGGUCGCUGGUGCUGCGGGUGCGAGCCACGGACGCGGACGCGGGCUCCAAUGGGCGGGUCUCCUACUCCUUCGGCAACGUCGCGGACGGCGUCCGCGCGUUGUUCGCUGUCGACAGCAACAGCGGCGAGGUCAGGACGGCGGGGCCCCUCGACUUCGAGGAAAAGAGCAAAUACAGCUUCAGCCUGGAGGCGAGGGACGGCGGCGGACUCACGGGUCACUGCAAGGUGCAGAUCGACCUGUCGGACGAGAACGACAACGCGCCCGAAAUCACGGUGUUGUCGGUGUCGAGCCCGGUGCCCGAGGACGCGCCGGCCGGCACGGUGGUGGCCCUGGUGAACGUAAACGACCCGGACUCUGGCGAGAACGGUCAAGUGUCGUGCGAGCUGUCGGGCGAGGCGCCCCUGUCGAUCGUGGCAUCGUCGGGCAGCUCGUAUAAGGUGGUGACGGCGAGCGCGCUGGACCGGGAGCUGGCGUCCGAGCACCGCGUGACGGUGGUGGCCAGGGACCGGGGCAGCCCGGCGCUCUCCAGCCGCGCGGCGCUGGUGCUGGAGGUGUCGGACGUGAACGACAACGCGCCGGUGUUCGAGGAGGCCGCCUACAGCGCCUACGUGGCGGAGAACAACGCGGCGGGCGCGCCGGUGGUGCGCGUGCGCGCGCGGGACGCGGACGCGGGCGCCAACGGGCGCGUGAGCUACUGGCUGGCGGGCGGCAGCGCGGGCGCGUCGCCGUACGUGUCGGUGGAGGCGGAGACGGGCGCGCUGUUCGCGCAGCGCUCCUUCGACUACGAGCAGUGCCGCGAGUUCGCGGUGGCGGUGCGGGCGCAGGACGGCGGGUCGCCGGCGCGGAGCUCGACGGCGACGGUGCGCGUCUUCGUGCUGGACCGCAACGACAACGCGCCGCGGGUGCUGUGGCCGGCGGCGGGCGCGGGCGCGGGCGCGGGCGCGGGGGCGGGGGCGGCGCCGUUCGAGGUGGUGCCGCGGUCGGCCGAGGCCGGGUACCUGGUGGCCAAGGUGGUGGCGGUGGACGCGGACGCGGGGCGCAACGCGUGGCUGUCGUACGAGCUGGUGCAGGCGCCGGAGCCGGCGCUGUUCCGCGUGGGGCUGCACAGCGGCGAGGUGCGGACGGCGCGGGCCGUGUCGGAGAGGGACGCGGCGAAGCAGCGGCUGGUGGCGGUGGUGAAGGACCACGGGCAGCCGGCGCUGUCGGCCACGGCCACGCUGCACGUGGUGCUGGCCGAGAGCUUGCAGGAGGCGCUGCCGGAGCUGAGCGAGCGGGCGGCGGGCGCCGACUCGCCGGCGGAGCUGCAGUUCUACCUGGUGCUGGCGCUGGCGCUCCUCUCCGCCCUGUUCCUGCUGAGCGUGGCGCUGGCCGCCGUGGCGCGGGUGCGCCGGGCCGGGCCGCCCGCCGUCCUGCGCUGCCUGGGCGCGCAGCGCUUCUCCGUGGCCGGCGCCGCCGCCUUCCCUGCCGACUUCUGCGAGGGCACCUUGCCCUACUCCUACAACCUGUGCGUGGCGCCGGGACGCGCCGCCGCCGAGGGCCCUUGGCUGCCGCCGCCGCCGCCGCCGCCGCCGCCGCUGCCCAGCCUGCCGGCGGAGGAGCUUCUCGGCGGGGAGCCCUGCGGGAAGCGGAGCCCGAGCAGCAGCGCCGGCGCGGGAGAGCCGCCCGCGGACCCCGGCGCAACGCAGGUCUGUAAGCCCGCGCUCUCUCGCUGUUCUCCUUGAGCCCCACUGAACCGUCGUCCCUUUCCCCCUGUCUUUCCCCGGGUGGCGUGACUGGGGAGUGCUGAUCCGUGUCUCUGUGAGGGAGUGCAAGAAAGAUCGGCCUAACUCCCUUCCCCUAAGAGCAGGCAGUUAGCUGCCGCACUCCUUGGUGGUCACAGGUUCGGGUUCACCGGAGAGGGUUCUGUCUACAGCUCUCGCGUUGUCUAACUUCACAUGCGUUAGUACCGCUGAAAACGGAUCCGCUGAUGGUGCGUGGCGGAGUCUGGAAAAUGGGGUUGACGCUUGGUGUUGGAGGUUUUUUCUUCCUCACCGCUUUUUCCCGGAAACGAUGUACUUGGAUCUGGUUGAUAGCUGGGCAUAAAGCCGUUGGUGAAUGAUUUUUGGGUGCUGGACUCCCAAAGGAAACGUGCGUGUGGCGCCAUGAAUGGAAAAGUGACAGAGGAAUUAUUUCUCUCAGCAAUUUUUUGCAAUAGUUGUUGCAUCCGUCUGUUUAGAAGGGCAGGUGUCUAGGAUCUAGAAAACAUAUAUCAAACGUCAAGGAGAUUCCCAAAAUGGCAGUGUGGGCACUUGAUUAAAGUCCAUUUGCAUAUUUAUCGAUGGUCCCCACAGUCUGGGGUGUGCAGCUGCACUUGUCUUCUCCGGCUGCCCUGCAGGAUUUUGGUGAAAAUAUGUCAUACCUCCGAGACUAUUCCACACUUAGAACAAUAAUUUGCUAGGGGAAAAAAGGAAAAAAAAGAAAAAAAGGAAAAAAGAAAGAAACCCCAAACCUCUAGUAUUGCAGUGAAAUAGUAUUUCAGAGUAAACUGGCUCUCUUUUCCUUUUGUAUCCCUCUUUACCUAAGGGGUUGUAUUUUAUUUUAUUUUAUUUUAUUUUAUUUUAUUUUAUUUUAUUUUAUUUUAUUUUAUUUUAUUUUAUUUUGUAAUACCCCAAACAGCGAGUGCAUGCGCAUUGCUGCCUAUUGCUGAGUUACUCUAGAAUGGAGCACUAAACCCUAAGUGUAAGCAUGGCCUGUAGUGUAAGGUUGUAAUCAAAAACUCCGAGCGGGUGGUUGGAGAAGGGGGAGAGGUGGAGGCUGAUUCAGAGCAGCCUCUGAUGCCAUGAAAAUGCCAAAUCAGGACUCAACAGUCUGAAGGACUAUUAAGCAGGCAUUCUUUAUUGCAGCGAUGGACUUACAGGGGAUAACUCCGCCUACUGUGGGUUCCCGGACAAAGUUAGUUGAAUAACUUCUACAAGCUUUACAUACAUAUUCCUUAGUUUUCCGAGAAAAGAUAUACAUAGUCUUCAUUUUCUGAGAACUCCUUAUCUUAUGCAGAUGUCCUUUGCGCAUGCCUGUUGAUGUCUCCGGGUGGUCGUCAGGGGUCUCUGGAUAAAGGAUAUACUUCUCUUCACUGUGUCCGCUAGUUAACUUUUCCUUUCGCGCAAGCUCCGUUCUGAGAUCACGUGUGUACUGUCCUUGAGGGAUAGUCUGUUCUGGUGUAGUGCUUUGCUCUGCAGUUCCUUAUCCUUAUGGUUCUGUACAUCUGCUUUUCUAAGGUCAAAUGUUACCGUCGUAAAUUUUUGUUCAGGCGCUUCUUGUCUUGAAGCCUUUCUGACUCGCCCAAAGCAACAAGUUUUAGUCACAGCAGUUCUAGCUCUAUCACCUCCGAUGCGCAGGUGAAAAGCCACGAAGUCAAGACUGACGGGCAGUGCCGGUAGUGCGGGACGCGGGGACUGACAGUCCCGACCGUUCGUGAGUAGUUCCCCUACCUCAUGACGGUGUUUUGAUCUGCAGAAAGGGCGGGGAAAACGUCCCUCAAGCACGACUGCUACAAAAAGGUGUCCAAUUCGUGGUGGGGAUUGUGCUUUUGGACUAAUGGAAUACGAGUCAUCCUACUCUGCACGGCGUAUUAAGAAAAUGUAAAUCUAUAUGAUACCACCAUUGCAA